AUGUCGACGAAUUUUGAGAGACACUUCCAGGAAUCUGUAGACGGUUGCACAUUAGAACAGCUGCGAGACAUUUUGAUCAACAAGUCCGGUAAAUCACCACUCGCCAACAGAUUUAGAGCGCUUUUUAACUUGAAAUGUACUGCAGAAGAAUUUGAAUCGCAACCAGAAGAGGCACAAAAGGCUGUCAACUACAUCUCGGAGGCAUUUGGCGACGAUAGCGAACUUUUGAAGCACGAAGUUGCCUACGUUCUGGGACAAACCAAGAAUCUUAACUGUGCUAUUCCACUGAGAAAAGCUACCUUGGAUCAAAACCAACAAUGUAUGGUCAGACAUGAGGCUGCCGAGGCUUUGGGUGCUCUGGGCGAUAAAGAUUCUCUCGACGUUCUUGAAACAGCGUUCAAGGAAGAUCCUUCUGUUGACGUGAGAGCUACUUGCGAAUUGGCCAUUGACAGAAUAAAAUGGCAGCACAGCGAGAAGAAGACAAAGGAGAGCCUGCAACCUUCGCUAUACUCCAGUAUAGAUCCAGCUCCACCCUUGGCCUUGGAGAGAGAUUACAACGUCGAAGAACUGAAAGAACUAUUGAAUGACCCAAAGAAGCCUCUAUUCGAGAGGUAUAGAGCUAUGUUCAGGUUAAGAGACAUAGGUACGGAUGAAGCAGCUCUGGCACUUGCAACAGGUUUCGAUGAUGACUCUGCCUUGUUUAAGCACGAAAUUGCUUAUGUUUUUGGCCAAAUGGGUAACACUGUUGCUAUUCCACAUUUGGUCGAAGUAUUGGGGCGCAAACAGGAGGCAUCCAUGGUUAGGCACGAAGCUGCUGAGGCCCUAGGUGCUAUUGCAACAGGUGAAGUUUUGCCAGUCCUGCGCAAGUAUUUGGACGACGAAGAUCCGGUUGUAAGAGAGUCAGCUAUUGUUGCCCUUGAUAUGUAUGAGUAUGAGAAUAGUAAUGAGCUGGAAUAUGCUCCUGCCUAA